GCAGCAGAGUUGGAAGUGAAGGAAAGAGAAGAAAAGUUCCAGCUCAGAAAUGACACCAUGCCAAAUCCGAUUACAAUACAGUACUACCGUGAUGGCCUCGCCGGUCCCGUGCCGCACGGCGACCCAUAGAAGGAGCACUAGUACUACGCUUGUCGUCGGCCAUCAAGAGUCUCAGGAGAUCACCACUGCAGACGCAGUCGACAGUCACAGCGACUCUCACGCCACACCAUGCUGUCCCUCGCACUUGCCCUGCUGAGCUUGCCGGCGGCUCUGGGCGCUACGCUCAAUGCGCGGGCGUCGCCGCAGGCGUACGCCUCCAACAAGGACGGCACGUACAAGCUGACGCCGGUGGGCGCGCCGGUCCGCGGGGCGGGCAACCCGGGAAGCGGGUCGACAUGGAAGCUCUCGAUCAACGACCAGCCGUCGGGCCACAAGCAGACCAUCAACGGCUUCGGGGCGGCCGUGACGGAUGCCACGGUCGCCGUCUUCAACAAGCUGCCGGCAGACAAGCUGACGGCGCUGCUCAACCAGCUUAUGACGGACGCCGGCGCCAACUUCAAGCUGAUGCGGCACACGAUCGCGUCGUCGGACCUGUCGGCGGACCCGUCCUACUCAUACGACGACAACGGCGGCACGGUCGACACGGCGCUGUCCGGUUUCAACCUGGGCGACCGCGGCACCGCCAUGGCGAAGCUGCUCGCGCGGAUGAAGUCGCUGCAGCCGGACCUGACCGUUGUCGGGUCCGUGUGGAGUCCGCCGGGCUGGAUGAAGCUGAACGGCGUGCUGCAGGGCACCACGGUGAACAACAACCUCAACCACGCCUACGCCAGCCAAUACGCCCAGUACUUUGUCAAGUACCUGCAGGCCUACCGGGCGCAGGGCGUCACCGUCGACGCCAUCACCAUCCAGAACGAGCCCCUGAACAGCCAGGCCGGCAUGCCCACCAUGUACAUCUACGCCGACGAGUCCGGCAGGCUGAUCCAGGAGAACGUCGGGCCGGCGUUGCGGAGCGCCGGCUUCAACACGGCCAUCUGGGCCUACGACCACAACACUGACCAGCCCAGCUACCCGCAGACGGUGCUGAAUGAGGCCUCGCAAUACGUCAACACGGUCGCGUGGCACUGCUACGCACCCAACAACGACUGGGGCGUGCUGAGCGACUUCCACAAGGCGAACCCGUCGGUGGACCAGUACAUGACCGAGUGCUGGACGUCGACGCAGACGGGGUGGAGCCAGGCGGCCGACUUCACCAUGGGCCCGCUGCAGAACUGGGCGCGGGGCGCGCUGGCCUGGACGCUGGCGACCGACACCAACCAAGGGCCGCACCUGUCCGGCGGCAGCGGGCCGUGCACCACCUGCCGCGGCCUGGUCACGGUCGACGUCGACGCGGGCACGUACGCCUUCCAGGUCGACUACUACAUGAUGGCCCAGUUCAGCCGCUUCAUCCCCAAGGGCGCCGUCGUGCUGGACGGCAGCGGCAGCUACACGUACCCCGGCAGCGGCGGCAUCCAGUCGGUCGCGACGCUCAACCCGGACCAGACGCGCACCGUGGUGAUUGAGAACACGUUUGGCAACGACGUCUACGUCACGCUCACGACGGCCAAGGGCGAGACGUGGAGCGGCAAUGUGGUUGCGAACAGUGUCGUGACCUGGUUGCUUCCGGCUUCUUCUGCUUGACUCGGAACUGGCGGGGGCUUGCGUGUUGGGUGUGGCAUCGU